GUGCGGUCCAUGUUGUCUCCAAUAAUUCAGGACUUUGAAGUCAGCGGAGUAGCAAAGAUCUAUUUUUGUUGCUCAUUCGAAUCAAGACUCUUUCAUUCCUACAAUCCCUUCUCUCUUGUGAAUUGGGGAUCGGUUUCGUGAAAUAAGGCUCUGUUCUAAAAUAUAUCCAAUGGAGGGUGCAGCAGCGCUAGCAGUCGGAGGAUGGCUAGCCAAGCCUGUCAUCAGGAUGCUUGUCGACAGGGUGUCCACAUCGUCGCUGAGAGGAAAGCUGCACGGCCUUCAGGACGAUGACUUGCAGAAGCUACAAAGAUCUCUGCUUAACAUCCACACGAUCGUCGACAAGGCAGGGAUGAGAUGGAGCAGGGACGCAAGGUUAGUCGAGAUGAUGAAGCAACUCCAAGAUGCCGCUUACGACGCCGAAGACUUCCUCGAUUACCUGACGUUCCAUGGCAUGAAGCAAAAGAUUAAAGAAGAGACAAGUCACAUGGCGGGUAACCGCAUUUCUAGAGCUAUUAGGAACGCCAAAGCUAAAUUGUUCAGUGAUUCUGUCAAAAGACUGAACAAGAUCCAGAAAAAGUUGGAUUGUAUUUGUUAAGUGUGGAAAAAAAAAAAAAAAAAAAAAACCAUGCCACUCACCCACGUGCACAUGCCCUCCCCCACACUCCCUUUUUCCUUUUCCCUUUUCUUUUCCCCACCGAUGCCUCAAAACCCUUCUCUUCUUCUCCUUUCCCUUCUCUAGCGACGACGAACUGCGGAUUUCUUCCUCAUUCUUCUUCUCCAAGCUUGCAACCCCCUUCUCUUUUGUUUUUCUCUUCUCCAACGACCACAAGCAACAAGUCUCUUCUUCCUUGUUGCUGUCCUGCUUCUCGGCAACAUCGUCGGAGCUCCUCGGAGUGUGCCGGAGCUCGCCGGACCACUAGGAAAGGAGGGAAAAACAAAGCCCUAGUUGCUCUCUCCUUUUCCCCUCCAACAGCAGCACCUUGCUGCCUUUUGUUUCCUCCAACAGCAGCCCUAGCUGCUGCCCUUUUCUUGGCAGCACUGCCGGAGCUCGCCGGAGCUAGCUGAGGCGGCCAACGACGAAGGGAAAAUAACCCUAGUUGCUGUCCUCAUUUCCAGCAGCCACACAAAACCCUUAGAAGAUCCGAGCUCGAGUGGAGCACGGUGACCUGCCGAUACUCGGAGAUUUUUGCUGUAUAUAAGAUCCGAGCUCGAGUGGAGCACGGUGACCUGCCGAUACUCGGAGAUUUUUGCUGUAUAUAAGUUUUGCAGACACAGGGAUCCUUUUGAUAUUACUGUUGAUUUUGGACUUUCAUAGAGUUGCUCAGAGAUCUCGACGUGCUGAUUUUCUGGUUUGUUUUACUUUUGUUUCGCUGUAUUUACAUUUUGCACUUUUGUUACAGAUGUCGUUUAUCUGUAUAGUAGUUGUAGUCUAUGGAUAGAUAUAUAUAAUUGAUACAUUUCGUGGUUAUUUUGUUUCUAUUUUCUGUAUGUUCCAGCCGUGGGGGCUGAUGAAUAUGUUGUUUAUGUUUAUAUAUUGUGAUGUAUGUAUGUAUGCUUCAUAUUGUCACCGGUACAGGGGAGAUGCUGCCGGAUUUUUGUCUGGCAGGGACUCCUCUGGGGCGUGACAGUAUUUAUGCUGGCAUGAAGGAAAUGUGCCAAUUAUUACAAGCGGAUGCAUCUGAUGGGCAGUAUCAAUCUGAUUUGGCGUCGGCCACACGAGAAACAAGCUCUUUCUUGAUCAGCAAAGUGCUUGGCAGAGAGGAAGAACAAAAGAGAAUAAUAGAGCUAUUACUAAGAUCAACAGACGAGUCAGCAUCAGCAAGUGACAAGGGCAGUAGCUUCUCGGUCAUACCUCUUGUUGGAAUAGGAGGAGUUGGGAAGACUACUUUGGCUCAGCUUGUUUACAAGGACAAAGAGAUUCAGAACCAUUUCGGCCUCAAGAUUUGGAUUUGUGUGUCCGAGAAUUUUAAUGUGCAAAGACUCACCAAGGAGAUCAUCGAGUCUGUAACCAAGACUGAACAUUCUUCACAAAUGAAGUUAGAUGUUCUCCAAAACAUUCUGAAAGAGAAAAUUGCGUCUAAGAUGAUUCUGUUAGUCCUCGACGAUGUUUGGAAUGAAGACGAGGAGGAGUGGAGAAAGUUGUGUGCACCAUUCCAGGAUGCUGCUGCAGGAAGCAAGGUCAUAGUGACAACUCGGAGCAAGAGCAUUGCUGACAAAAUUGGUACAGUGGAGGCGAUUGUUCUUGGUGAUUUAGAUAAAAUAUCAUUUUGGGAGCUGUUCAAGAAAUGUGCAUUUGGUCCUUCCAAACCUGAGGAGUACCCAGAACUUGAGGAAAUCGGGAGAAUUAUAGCUUCAAAGUUGAAGGGCUUGCCACUAGCAGCAAAAACAGUGGGAAACUUGUUAGGAUCCAACAUGAACCCACACUACUGGAGAAGUAUAAUGAAGAGCGAGGUAUGGGAAUUGCAACAGAAUAAAAAUGAUAUUAUUCCAGUCCUACAACUGAGCUAUCAAUAUCUUAGUGCACCUCUCAAGCGGUGUUUUGCCUUCUGUUCCCUCUUUCAAAAGGAUUACAAGUUUUCUGAAAUUGAACUAACAAGAAUGUGGAUGGCCGAAGGGUUCGUUGUAGCUCAAGGAAAUCAGAGGAUGGAAGAUGUAGCAAGUAAGUACUUUCAUGAGUUGGUCAACAUGUCUUUGUUUCAACAAGAAACGUCAUGGUUGGGGCAUUAUUAUGUGAUGCAUGACCUCAUACAUGAUCUAACACAAGCGGUUUCUGUGGACGAAAUAAGUAGGACGAAUGAUGGCAAGUCCAAUAAGAUAUCAACCACCCUCCGUCAUCUAGCACUUGAAACAGGGUUCGUACAGACAAAAUAUUUGAGGUCUAGAUUCAAGAAAUUACAUUCUCUAUUCUUUAGAUGCCUACAUUUAAAGUCACCACCCAUUGGCUUUAUCAAAAAAUUAAGAAGCAUUCGUGUAUUGGUUUUGUCUCGUUGUCGCUUGCGGAUGCUGCCUAUUAGUGUUGGUGAAUUGGUACAUCUCCGGUACCUGGACAUUUCUUACAAUGGAAUAAAAAAAUUGCCUGGAUCACUGUGUGAACUCUACAAUUUGCAGACACUGAAAGCAAACUGCAACUCAUUAAUCUCUCUUCCAGAAGAUAUAAGUCAGAUAAUUAAUUUGAGGCACAUUGACGUUGAAAAUGAAGUAGUUGUAAAGAUCAAAAUGAUAGGAAGGCUAACCUCUCUUCAAGAAUUGUCUGAAUUCCAUGUGCGAAAGGAAGUUGGAUUCAAGAUCACAGAGCUAAGUGGUUUGAAGCAGCUUCAUGGAAAACUCAAAAUUACUAAUCUGGAGAAUGUUGAAAGUAAAGAAGAGGCUGAAAAGGCACAAAUGAAGAACAAAGAGUACCUUGAUGCUCUAGAGUUGGGAUGGGGAUUUGAUCCCAAGUUGGAUGAUAACAAGUUAGUUGUCAUGGAGGAGGUACUUGAAGGACUCCAACCACAUGAGUCACUAAAACGAUUAAAGAUCAGGAGGUAUUGUGGUGCCACAUCACCCAGCUGGAUGAAAAAGGAGGAAUUAUCCAACUUGGAAAUACUUGAGUUGAGCUACUGUGAGAGUUGGAAAGAUAUUUCCUGCACUGCAUUGCUGCCGCACCUCAAGGUCUUCCACAUAAAGAGCAUGUGCUUCUCGAAAUCAUGUUUUGAGGUAUGUGGUUCUAGGGAGAGCAAAUUAUUUCCUAUGCUAGAAGAGCUACAGCUGACGAACAUGAAUGUAUUGGAAGAAUUUCCUAAUCUUGGACGAUUUCCUUGUCUGAGGGUUGUUCGAAUGACAGAAAUAAAGUCAUUGAAACACAUUGAUUUUGCAACAUUCGGUGCCACAGAAAAUGCCUUGUUUCCUAUGCUAGAAGAGUUGGAGUUGAUGCACAUGCAUGCGUUGGAAGAGCUCUCCUUUCUAGGACAUUUUCCUCGUCUCAAGUUUCUUCGCAUGAAAGAAAUGCGGUUGUUGAAACACAUUGGGUUUGCAUCAGUUCAUGCCACAGAAAAUGAUCCGUUCCCUGUGCUAGAAGUGCUGGAACUGAUGGACUUGCCAGUUUUAGAGGAGCUCCCUGAUCUUGGUUCACUUCCAUGUCUCAAGUCUCUAUGCUUGUGUGGGAUGUCUAUGUUAAAACAUAUUGAUUUUUCUUUCUACGGUGCUACAGAAAAAGUACUACUUCCAAGGGUAGAGACGCUAGUACUGCGUGACCUGGAGGCACUCGAGGAGCUUCCUAAUAAUCUUGGACGACUUCCAUGUCUUAAGGUUCUUAACAUUCUGAAGAUAUCAGCAGUGAAACAGAUAGGUCAUGGGUUCUUUAGCACUGAAGCUAUAUCCAAGUGUUUUCUUAGCUUGGAAAGACUCUGGAUCGGCAGCAUGUCGGCAUGUGAAGGGUGGUGUUGGAUUGACGGUAGCGAGCUAUUUCCAAGCUUACAAAGACUUUUUAUCACUGAAUGCCCUAAGCUCGAGAGGUUACCUCCUCUCCCUCCUUCGCUUACACAUUUAACACUUGAAAAAGUUGGGUCAACAGAGCUGCCAAGCCUACGGGAACUAGAAACAAAUGGAAGCGGAUACAAUCAAACGACAUCAUCUCUCUCAUACUUACGAAUCAGUGAAUGCAACAAUUUGGCAAGCUUAGAAAAAGGAUUGAUGUCACAGAAUCUUUCAGAUAUUGAAGCCAUUCAUGUAGAAGGAUGUAAUGAACUCAUGCGGAUGCCUCUCAAGAGAUUUGAAAACUUCACUUCGCUCAAGGAAUUGCAGAUAAAAGCUUGUCCCAAGCUUAGCCUGACACAAGAAGAGGAAGCCGCCCUCCUUCCUCCCUCAUUCAAAGUUUUCAUAUUGAACGACUGUGGCGAUCUCAACAAAUUGUGGCUUGGCCACCCCUACCGCUCGACCUUCUGACUUUUUACGUCUUCCUCCAACCGAUCCUCACCGUCCAUCUUCAAUGUCACACAAAUUUUCUAGGUUCAGACAAGGUUAGGAGAUUACAGGUACGUGUCGGAUUAACGGAGGAAGAAACAAUCGGAGCAGUUCUUGUAGCAGGAUCAGGUGGUGGGUGUAUCGCCAGCUACCGUCGAUUGAUCUUCUUUGAAUUUGCUUAGGAGACUACAAGUAUGUGUCUGAGCUAUGGAGGCUUGUAUCGCCAUCCACCAUCGAUUGUUCGUGUCAUCCGAUCGACUCGGUUACAAAACCAAGCAGGUAAAGUCGAAAAAAGAAGCUUGUUUCUAUUUGAGUUUACUGCAUAUCAAAAUGUCACUCAACUUUUGUUUGUUCCUUGAGCAUAAAUGAUGGAACUCCCUGUGUAAUUUUUUGAUCCUA